AUGGUCGAAGCUAAGAAUGUCAGUACAUCUAGGAGGGGCGCUAGGGACCUGGAGUCAUUUCUUCCCUCAUUUUUUGACAACAAUGAUGAAUUAGAAGAAAAGAAAUUUGUAGCAUCAUUUGAACUCAUGGCAUCUAGUUCAGAUUUUUCUGAUGAAACAAAACACCCGAAAACGAGGCUCAGUUUGUGUGACGUCACAAAGAGGACGACGGCGGCGAAUACAGAUAGUGUUUAUAGCGAUUAUAGCGACGAAAAUAGCGAUAGAGACUGUGGUUCAUCAAGUUUUGAGGAAACGAUCGAUGAGAUGACCAAUUUGGGUACACAACCUUAUCUUUUUGAGCCUGAAGCGAGUACAGACGAGGAAUCUACGGCAGCUAGUCCUCCGGAAGCCACAAAUCAAGAUCGACUUGGGAACAAUGACUGGUGUACCUGUGGUCGCUGCCCCCCAAUGACUUCUAUUGCAGAGUCUGUGUGCUGUCAGGAAAUUCCACAAGUAAUGGCUGUACUUGAAGAAGAUCCCGGAAAGCCAUGCAUCAUAGAACACAAUGGUUUUCAACCAGUAUGUCUGCAUCCAUCAGUUCUUCGUACUGCAUACUAUGUGUAUCGACAACAGUAUGAAGAACUCCCCGAAACUGAUCGGCGGAUGCGCUACAUAUGGUACAGACAACUUGCUAUGUGUUGGGGAUGGUUAGGGAAACGUCGUGCACCACUUCCUGCUUGUGCUGUCCAGAAAAUCCGGGACACAUAUCCAGAGGAAGAUGGUGAAUACCAAGGAUUCAACAUGGCCUAAUUCCUUCGGAACCUUGACAGCAUCUGACCCACCGCAUCAUCUUUCUCUGGGUGUACAUACUGGUCGCACAGUGGCGGUGGUGCAACUCCAAGAUUCCCACACUGUGGCAUCUUCAUGUUGAUGGCCCGCGUCUUUGCAGCGUUUGUAAGAACAUCAAUAUAG